UGAAAUUCGGUCCUCUACAAUUGGCUAGAACAUUCUCGUUUCUCACUCUUCUCAGGGUUUCUGGAAUUCCCCAUCUCUGCAAAACCUCACAAAGUUUUCCUCUGAAAUCAUGAGUAAAGACAACCCCAAUUGGGAAGGACUCCUGAAAUGGAGUUUAUCUCACUCCGAUGGUACUCAACCUCCACGCCAAUUAAGCGAGGAAGACCGAAAAUGGUUUAUGGAAGCGAUGCAGUCACAAACCAUUGAUGUAGUCAAACGAAUGAAAGAGAUAACUCAAGUUAUGCAAACUCCAGAGGAAGUCUUAGACUCUCAAGGAGUUAGUCCUGGUGAUAUUGAAGAUAUGUUGGAUGAGCUGCAAGAGCAUGUAGAGUCAAUUGAUAUGGCAAAUGAUCUUCAUUCGAUUGGGGGGUUGUCUCCUCUGCUUGGUUACCUAAAAAAUCGGCAUGCAAAUAUACGUGCAAAGGCUGCGGAUGUUGUGACAACUGUUGUUCAGAAUAAUCCUAGGAGUCAACAACUAGUAAUGGAAGCAAAUGGCUUUGAACCACUUCUUACAAACUUCACUUCAGAUCCUGAUGUGAAAGUGCGUACACAGGCACUGGGUGCUUUAUCAUCUUUAAUCCGUCACAACAAGCCUGGAGUUGCAGCAUUUCGCCUUGCAAAUGGUUAUGCGGCAUUGAAAGAUGCUUUAAGCUCUGAGAGUGUUAGAUUUCAAAGGAAAGCAUUGCACUUGCUUCAUUAUCUUCUACGGGAAAACCGAUCUGAUGGCUGUGUAGUAACUGAACUAGGAUUCCCCCGUAUCAUGAUUCACCUUGCUUCUAGUGAGGAUACAUCUGUUAGAGAAGCUGCCCUACAGGGUUUGCUGGAGCUUGCACGUGGUAAACUUGACGAGACCACUGGUCAAUCAAUUGAAGAUGAUAAAUUGAAGCAGCUGCUUGAAGAACGAAUUCAAAGCAUCAGCACUAUGUCACAGGAAGAGCUUGGGGCUGUGAAGGAAGAGAGGCAGCUGAUUGACUCACUGUGGAAUGCUUUCUACAAUGAGCCAUCUGCCCUUCGGGAGAAGGGUCUUCUUGUUCUUCCUGGUGAAGACCAAAAUUCACCUCCACCAGAUGUUGCCAGCAAACACUUUGAACCUCCUCUUCGGGCUUGGGCAGCAAAACGCGAACCUGAGAAGCCUUCUGAGCCUGCAAAGAAAAAGACUCCUUUGCUCUUAGGUCCUAGUUUUUCUUCGGAUUCUGCUUGCAUUCAAAGUAGCUCCAAUGGAAGUGCUGACAAUACCGAGGGCCCUACAAAUGCUUCUUCCUAGGCUGCGUUUCUUUGAAGCUUUUCUUGGUUCAAAAUUAUUACAAGGUCUUAUUUUGGAUUUCCAGUUGUAGUUCACUAAAUGAUAUAUAAUUUGCAAUGUUAAUGGUGAAGCUAAUGCAGUACAAAUUUGGAUUAUGGUUUGAUAAUGCAACUCUGGUUUUCAUUUGUGACAAGUAUUUUGUCGUUUCAAGUUUGAAUGUAGAUAGAUACAAAGGACCUAGCAAGACUUCUGUUUAACAUGUUUGCAAUUUUAAUGAA